AUGUGGACAGGUAGUGCCAGCGAAAAAGGAUUCAGCAUUCCCUGCUGCUCGAAUCGUGGCCUGCGAAGCUUCUCGCUGAGAAUUCAGAGAGUGGAGGAUCCCCCGCAGCCGCGGCUCACCCCCCCCCCCCUCCCCCCCGGGGUGCAGCCCGGUGCCAUGGACCCGGAGGCGACGCGCGUUCCGUGCUCACGCGCCUCCCUGCGCUCUUCGCAGCACCGAGACGCAGCAGGAGGACGCCCAGUUCAGGCAGAGGCCUCUAAGUUGCCCAGGUCCACCGCUGCUUCUCUGGAAGGCCACGUCAAGGAGAUCCGCGCCAACUCCAAGCUCAUCGCCGCGGACCUCCAGAAUGCGCACCAGGAGGCGAAGAACAAGAUCCAAAAGACCCUCGCAGGCGGCGUCCUGGCCCCGGGCCUGGAAGAGGUCCAGCUCCAUGUAACCUUUGAGGAGGGCAGCCUGGGACUGAACCUGGACUUGGCCGACGGACAGGUCCUCAAAGUCACACCCGGUGGUCAGGCAGAGCAGCUGGGCCUCCGUGUGCAGGACCGGCUCCUCGCGGUGCGGGGCUGCUCGCUGCCAGCCACCUCGGACCCGAGCUUCCAAGAGGCGGCGAAGAAGCAGCUGUCCUUGGCCAAGCAACGGCCCGUGAACAUGACCUUUCUUCGUAUCGUCCAGUCGGAGGGCCAGGGCAAGAAGAACCAGGAGGACUCCCAGCUUUGCCAAGCACAAGCGAAGAUUCACGAGCUUCAGGCGCAGGUUGCUGCCCGGACGAAGGAGGCCAUGGCAGCCAGAGAGGAGGCAGAGGCGAUACAGGCAGAGCUGCGGUUGGCCCAGAAUUGGGCCGCUCAGGAG